UCAUCACCUUCAUUCAAACUACAAAUUUCCCCCAAUUUUCAUAAAAUCAAAACAAACCCUAAUUCCACUCUCCACACCCAUAAUCUCCAAAUUCCCCCAAUAUUGCCACCAAUUCCUCCACAUUUCACCUUCAAUUCCACAAAUCUCCACUCAAUUUCACAACACAUUCAUCAAUUUCACAAUAUAUUCAUCAAUUUCACAUUUUCAACCUUUUGAAGCUUUUCACAGGUUCAUCAAUGGUGCGGUUAGCAAAUAUCAAACACGCACUCUCAUUCGAUUCAUCAUCGUCAAAACCGGUAACGAACAACACUCAAUUUCACGAAAACCGUCACAAAAAAGCCGAAACAAUCGGAAUAUUAUCGUUCGAAGUAGCUAACGUGAUGUCAAAAACGGUUAAUCUCCACAAAUCGUUAACAAAUUCCGAGAUCUACACGUUAAAACACGAAAUCCUCAACUCCUACGGCGUAAAAACCCUAGUUUCGUCAGACGAAACGUAUGUUCUACAGCUUGCGUGUACGGAGAAGCUAGAGGAGUUGAAUUCGAUAUCCGACGUCGUUUCGAGGCUUGGAAGGAGGUGUACGGUGCCGCAACUGCUAGGGUUUGAGCAUGUGUAUAUGGAUAUUGUUAACGGAGUGAUUGAUAUUGGGGAAUUAGGGUUUUUAGUCAAGGAUAUGGAUGCAAUGGUGAGGAAAAUGGAGAGAUAUGUUAAUGUUACUGCUAGGUUGUAUGGUGAAAUGGAGGUUUUGAGUGAAUUGGAGGUUAGUGUUAAUAAGUUUCGACAGGAUUCGCACGAAGAAAGCCGGCGAGUGUUUGAGCAGAAGGUGGUUUGGCAGAAGCAGGAUGUGAGGCAUUUGAAGGAUGUUAGUUUGUGGAAUAUGAGUUACGAUAAGGUUGUGGAGAUGCUUGCGAGAACGGUGUGUACGCUUUAUGCGCGUAUUUGUAUGGUUUUCGAUGAUACGAUUAAACGGCGAGAGAUGUUUUCGAAUAGUUCGGUUUCGCGUGUGGAUUUGCGUUCGUGUAGAAGUUUGUCUCAGGUUUCGGGUCAGGUUGAUGCGCGUAGUGUGAAAUCUAGUGGUGGUUUUAGGCCUGAAAUUAGACCGAAAAAGGGGGAAAUGUCUUUGUUUAAAGCGGAGGAUUUUAAUUUCGCGUGUGGGUUGGGUGCGGGGAGGUUGUUUAUGGAGUGUUUGAACAGAAGUAGUACGGUUUCCAAAAUGGAUGAUUUCGAUGACGGUUCUGUUCGAAAAGGCGGUGAUGAUCAUGAUCGAAGCAGCCAGAUUUCAGGGUCGUGUAGCGUUUCAAGUAGUGUAAGAAAAGAUAUAAAUCAUUCAGGUUUUCAAAGUCGGAUUCCGAUGAUGGGAGAACAAAGACGUUUGAAAACGAAUAUGACAAACAGGGUUAAAUCGGCUCCAAAGAAUAGAUUAAUGGUACAAGCGUCUCAAAACACCAUUGGAGGCUCUGCGUUGGCGUUGCAUUAUGCGAAUGUUAUAAUUGUGAUCGAGAAAUUACUUCAGUACCCGCAUUUAGUUGGUGAGGAAGCUAGAGAUGAUUUAUAUCAGAUGUUACCAACAAGCUUGCGAUUGGCGUUAAAGAUGAGUUUAAAGUCGUACGUGAAAGAUUUAGCGAUAUACGAUGCGCCACUUGCCCAUGAUUGGAAAGAUAGGCUUGACGAGAUUCUUUCUUGGCUUGCGCCUUUGGCGCACAACAUGAUGCGGUGGCAAAACGAGAGAAAUUUCGAGCAGCAACAAAUUGUUUCGAGAACGAACGUUCUACUUUUACAAACUUUGUAUUUUGCAGAUAGAACAAAGACAGAAACAGCAAUUUGUGAGCUUCUUGUGGGUUUGAAUUAUAUUUGUCGUUACGAGCAUCAGCAAAACGCGUUAUUGGACUGUGCAAGCAGUUUUGAUUUCGACGAUUGCCUUGAAUGGCAAACGCAAUACUGAAAAGCUUCAUGGAGAUCAACUGGAUUCGUCAUCGUGAGUUUGUCUAUCUCUGCUUCGUUUGAUACAUUUAGUUCAAUAUGAUGUGAAUAUCAUAGAUUUUGGCUUUCUAUUGAUUUAUAAUCAUUGUAUGGAUGAGUUGUUUUAUGUACUUUGUUGUAAGGCAUAUGUUUUCGCCUUUGAAGUACAUAAAUUAACUUGAAAAACGAUCUAUAAUGUAUUUCAUUGGUUCUCGAUUUCAUCUAUCAUACGAGUCUAUUCAUGUUUAA